UUUUCCUUUGACUGCACUUGUUUGGGUGACCGACGUUUCACUUUUUUCGGGUCAGCUCAGGCGUAUCCCUAUUUUUUCAGUUCUAUCUGACCACGGGAACCCAGCUCCCGUCCUGGAGCUGUAUAUAUUUCCUAUAGAUUCCUGCGAUUAAGACUAAGACUCGUGUAGUGGCAGCCAUGAUCAAGGGUAAACCAGGGCCAGGAGUGAGACGUUUCUCUGAGGAACAAACUCGCACUGGCAUGAGGGUUGUGCUUGUGGAGUCGAGGGGAGGACGCAAUGGCUCCAUAUCGAGCCAGUCCAGCCUUAGCCCAACAUCACCGUCAACCCCACCUGCAGCCAAAGGCACGAAGUCCCCGGCCGCUGAUAGCAAUGGCGCCGCGGAAGCGUGGAGCACUUCUCGUCACUUCUCGGCGGACGAGAAGAGAGCGCAGGAGAUUGCAGACGCUGUCAAGCAGAAGAAGGCAUCGUUUGCAAUGCUGGCACCCAAGCUGACUGGCAUUGAAAGCCGCCAGAUGUUGGUCGCAUGGGAGGCCAGCAAGGUGGAGGAGGAAGUCGACUACCAUGUGGAGAUGUCGGUGGAGUCUUCGCCUGACUUCAAGAAGAUAUAUUCGGGUGCAGCGCUGGAGCAUCUUGUCACAGGUCUCUCACCCGGUGUCCUGCACUCUUUCAGAGUAUAUGCAGCCACAGCUACCCUCAACGGUGACUGUUCUCCAGUUGAGACGGCAAAGACACUAGCCGCCGCACCCGAAACACCCCAUGCGCCGCGCUUGUUGAACCGCACCCGUGCAACAAUAACGUUGAAGUGGUCUGUGGUCAGCGAGAAUGGCGCAGGCAUAUCCGCUUACAUACUGGAGUGGGAUCAGGGCUUGGGAAAUGGCAAGUUUGUUGAGUUGUAUACUGGUCUUGAAAGACAGUUCAAGGUGACAGAGAAACUACAGCCUGGCCAGGGUUACUCCUUCAGGUUGUGUGCGGAGAACUCAGUCGGCAAGAGUGCUUUCAGCCAGGUGACGAAGCAGUUCACACAGGUCGGAGUGCCACGUGUGCCAGCGGCACCUAGCCUGGCACGCCGCUCAUCCAGUUCAAUCACCGUAGCAUGGGAGACACCAGCAGGCAACGGGGGGUCAGUCACUGACUGCAAGUUAGAAAUGGAUGACCCUGACACGGACUAUGGUUUCCGCGCUGCCUAUAGUGGAGACGCUGAAUGCUAUACGUGUGACAACUUGAAGCCGGCUACCAUGUACAAAUUCAGGGUCAGCGCAUCCAAUUCUCAGGGCAGUAGCAAGCCAAGUGAAGUGUCGUCGUUCCUCACUUUAGCUGCGCCUCCAGGCUGUCCACAGAAUGUUCGCUUGCUCGGUGCCCUUCAGCCAUUCUCCUUUUCAGCUCAGUGGGGUCCUCCUACAGUCACUGGGGGAGGUGAAGUUAUCGGAUACAUUGCUGAGAUCGCCAACACGCCAGAUACGACCUACAGAAGUGUGUUUGAUGAUGUUGACAGGCAGUGUCAGGUGACUAGCUUGGAACCGGGCAAGAAGUACAUGUUGCGUGUCGCCGCCCGCUCUGAAGAGGGAGGACCCGGAGAGUGGGCACAGCCGUUGUCGGUCAAGUUGCCCGCCUGUGUGCCUGGGUCUCCAUCCUCUCCGUAUGUAUCCGGUCGUCCCAAGGCGUCUUCUGUAAUGGUGGCAUGGGGUCCACCGGAAUUUAUUGGUGGUGCUGAAAUCACAUCCUACACGCUCGAGCUUGCCACCGAAGGAUCCGAUGAGUAUCGUGCAGUGUAUGAUGGACCUCGGACGAGUCACAAUGUGCAACCCUUGCAACCGGGAGUGACGUACAAAUUCCGUGUCAAAGCAGGCAACUCAGCCGGGAAAGGCAUGUAUUCAUCAGCCUGCACUGCUAUCACUGGCGCAGCACCACCAGGACUACCGGAGAAUGUCAGCACCACGGCCACAUCAUCGUCAGCACUGCAACUGACCUGGGAGGCGGCUGCAACACACGGCACACCGGUACGAGAAUACGUGGCUGAGCACCAACAAGGCGAUAGUUAUGUUCAGGUAUAUCGCGGUAAGGAGCUAUCGUGCACAGUCCGCUCUUUGAAACCGGCGUCGACUCAUUCCUUCCGUGUGGCUGCUGUCAGUGACUCCGGCCAGGGAUCAUGGAGUUUGGUUGCUUGUGGCACUACUCAGGAUGGUCCACCUGCUGCUGUAUCCGGCUUGUCACUGGUGAGCUCCACCAGUGAUCAAUUGACGGUAUCUUGGCCAACACCACCGUGCCAUGGCCAAGCGAUAAGUCACUAUUACCUGGAACUGGUCGGUGCCAACUCCAAGACCAUCACGGAAACAUCGACGCGGGCAACCUUCACCGAUCUCCGAGCAAGCACAGCGUACAAGAUCCGUGUGCAAGCUGUGAACCGCAUUGGUAGUGGUCCGUUCAGCCCGGUUGUGACAGGCUCUACCCGUGCUGCCCGUCCCUCUCCACCGACUCUUGAGCUUGCUGCUAGUUAUCACAAUGCGCUCAAACUGAGAUGGUCAGCACGCCAGGGAUGUGACUAUCGCCUUCAGCUCGCCGAAGGAAACCAAAGCUCUUUUGAGACUGUCUACGAUGGUUCAGCUCUAUCGUACAAGGCGACUAAUCUGGAGCCGUGUUCACUAUAUCGUUUGAGAGUGUGUGCUGAGAAUGAAGCUGGUGUCAGUGAGUACAGUGACGUGCAGUCCUUCCAGACAACUGAACCACCACCACCACCGCCGAGGGAUGUGAAAGUGGAGUCGAUCACAGGAGAGUCGGCUUUGCUAUCCUGGCAGGCGAUCGUGACCGAUGGCCGUGUGCACAAGGGCUACACAGCGUCCUGUCAGUUUGAAGUACAGUGCAUGGAGGAGGGUGGAGACUAUCGGACGGUAUUCACCGGUGAUUCGAGUUGCCAGUCCUACAAGUUCUCCUCAUUACGGCCAGGCACUAAGUACUCCUUGCGUGUGCGUGUCAAGACCAGCAGUUCAGUGAGCGAAUCAACCAGUCUCUACAGCUCCUUCAGUCGAGUGGUUUCAUUCACCACUAUUGCCUCGGCAACUGCCGACACAGUCAUUGACGGCAAGGUGGACAAGCGCAAAUCCCCUAAAGCCCAAACGUCUCCAUCUGCAGGUGCAGCAGCUACCUCCAGCUCCAAAGGUAAGCCAUACCAACGAACAAAGAAACCACCCAAGAAAGUCGGGGCAAGCACUAGCCAAAAAGAUGUGGCCUCGACAGAUCAACGCCAGGCGAUUUUCAUCAUCGUUCUCUUUGGACUAGUGGCCGUUCUUGUAGCAAUAGCUGCUUCACUUUAUUUUGUUGCCUAAAUGGUUGUGAAAUUGUUGUAUGCGGCUCUGGUACAGGGCUUAUGCACUGAAUAAGUCCAGUCAAUAGUCGUUGUAAUAGCCCAAUCCUGCACUCUGAUACUAGUGUGUGCAAUAUACUAGUGUAUUUUCCAGUGGAUCUUUGUCACGUUGUCUAUCUUUGUAUUGUUUGCUUGCUCCACUUGGCCUUCAAGGUAUGCUUGUUCUCCUUUUAGUGAACAAGCACCUUUUUGCAUGCAGUGACUACAACCACUAUUGUUUGUGCCUUGUGCUGUUCCGAGUUUUUAUUUUAUUUUACCCUUGUUGCCAUGGUUCCUACCCUAUUACUCUAUAAGCAUACCUAUAGCCACAGUUGCUUUAUCCACCUGAGAUAGUGAGAUGAUGUUUGAUAUUCCCUGCUACUUUUUUAUUUUCAUUUUGCCUGUACCUUUUUUUUUACACACCUGUUCCUACUUGCCUUGCUUAUUUUGGGUGCUAUUUCUCCUGCUGCUGCAGAUUUGUACAAGUAAGUGCCUUUUUCAUUGUGUUCGAUUAUUUCUGUCCAUGCCACACCACACAGUACCCCGUUUUUGGCAAGAACCUUUUCUGCGAUUUGUGUAUCAUUAUAAUUAUGGCGUUGCUGCCUUUCAUAUCUCGCUCCGAAAUUCCUUACUCUUCACACUGUUUAUAAGUUUAUUAGGUGUUCACUUGUAACCACAAUAUGAUGCGUUGCCCAGCCAAAUCCUGAACAUGACCACUAUUUC